CUCCACCUCCUAAGCAGAGCAGCACAGACACACUGGUCUCAAACCUCCAAAAACUUUGUUUAACAGCACAGGACAGUUUUUGAGAUUACUUAAAGCCAUGAAGAAUUUGGUCUUGGUGGUUUUGGGGUUUCUGCUGUCUCCUCAGCAGGUACAUAGCAGGGCAAAUUGCAAGCCAGUAACAGCCAGCUUUUGUCAAAGUGUGGGUUACACCACUACCCUCCAUCCAAGCGGAGUUACAGGCUUCAACCUGCAGCAGAUCGGUCAGAUUGUGGAGACUGCUUGUUCACCAGGCAUCGACAUACUCAUGUGUCGUGUUGCUGUGCCUGAAUGCGGCUCGGAGGACGACAGCAGAAUGAAGCCAUGCCGAGCUCUCUGUGAGAAGGUCAAGACAGACUGCGAGUCUGUCCUCAGAGCAAAGCGGUUGUUCUGGCCAAUGAGGCUCCGAUGUGACGCUUUACCAGAGUCUAACUGUGUACAGGGUCAAGACAACCCUGUUACCCCAACAUCCCCUGCAACAUGUCAGACAAUCAGUGUCCCUCUCUGCAAAGACCUGCUUUACACGGAGACUGUCCUGCCCAACAUUCUAGGCCACAAAACUCAGGACGACGCAGGCCUGGAAGUAAAUCAGUUUGCACCACUUGUAAAAGUGGAGUGCUCCCCUCAUCUGAAGCCUUUCUUGUGCUCCGCCUACACUCCUGAAUGUGUGUCAGGAAAACCUCGGCCGCCCUGCAGAACGCUCUGUGAGCAGGCACGGUCCGGCUGUGAAUCACUGAUGAACAAGUUUGGCUUCCAGUGGCCAGAAGCCCUCAGGUGUGAAGCAUUUACCACGGAGUCCUGUGAACACAGUCAAGACACCAGUUUUACCCCAACAUCCCCUGCAACAUGUCAGACAAUCAGUGUCCCUCUCUGCAAAGGCCUGCCUUACACGGAGACUGUCCUGCCCAACAUUCUAGGCCACAAAACUCAGGACGACGCAGGCCUGGAAGUAAAUCAGUUUGCAGCACUUGUGAAAGUGGAGUGCUCCCCUCAUCUGAAGCCUUUCUUGUGCUCCGCCUACACUCCUGAAUGUGUGUCAGGAAAACCUCGGCCGCCCUGCAGAACGCUCUGUGAGCAGGCACGGUCCGGCUGUGAAUCACUGAUGAACAAGUUUGGCUUCCAGUGGCCAGAAGCCCUCAGGUGUGAAGCAUUUACCACGGAGUCCUGUGAACACUAUGGAGUGGGCAGCAGCGGGGGGAUCUGUGAGCCGAUCACCAUACCGGUGUGCCAGGGCCUGUCCUACAACAAGACGAUCACUCCAAAUCUUCUGGGACACACAAGUCAAAGAGAAGCGGUAGUGAAGAUGUCCUUUUUCAACUCGAUCGUGCAAACUGUGUGCUCGGUGGACAUACGCCUCUUCCUGUGUAUGGUGUACGCCCCCCAGUGUGUGGCGGGGGAAGUGCAGCGACCCUGCAGGUCAUUCUGUGAGAGAGCCAAACAGGGCUGUGAGGGUUUGAUGACCAGUUUUGGCGUUUUCUGGCCAGAUGAGCUGCAGUGUGAGUCAUUCCCAGAGGAAAUGUGUAUAUCAGAAGACAGCAGGCCUGAGAUGCUGAGUGCUGAAGGUGUUCUUUCUAAGCUGAAUGCCGGUGGCUUUUCUGUUCGUGGCAAAUCUCUGAGUCUCAAGACAGCCCGCCUACUGUUGACUCUCACGGAUGCAGACAAGUCUGGGGACCUGGAUGUGGUGGAGUUCUUUAAACUGGAGCACUAUGUGGCUGUUACCAGGAGGGAGUAUGUGGAGAGCUACGAGAGCAGGAAUCCACCCUCCGUCACUCAAAUCCAAAUGAAAAAGGCUCUGUCUCUCCGUGAAUUCAAUUUAGAUGAUGAAACCUUCAGAGUUCUGUGGCACGAAUACCGCUCCAAAGGCGGGAUCGACUACGAUGAGUAUAUGGCAGUCCUGACAAAACUUCAGAUCCUCAGAGAUCGUUUCCAGGCCCAUAUGCUGAGUUUGCCGUGUGACUGCGAAGUCGCCAGCUUCUCUUUCAAGCAGUUCAUGAAAUCAGCCAUAAUCUGAGGAUCAAACAGGAGCUGAAUGGAGCCGAGGAGGAAUGUUUUGUAGAAAUUAGUAGUGUAGGUGUUUAGAAGCACAGAGCUGUAGUGUGUAUGUAUGUGGUUAUGAAUCCAUUCAUCAUUUUCAGAAACAGUACAGAAACAUUAAACACUGAAAAUAAACUGUUUAUUUUUCAUUA